UAUCGGCUACCGGACCAAGCGAUCAGGUUAUUUUAUAAGGGCAAUAUUGUAAUAUGGACAUCAUCAUCGUAUAGCUGACGCGUUCCACUUUCCGUCUGCUCUUUACCGUCUCGAGUCCCGACUUCCCUCCCUUACUGGUUCUCCUUCGAUCUUCACACAGCAGAAGUUACCAAAUCAAAUACGCACUUUCUUCCUUGCUUGGGGUUUCUAAUCCCUAAACCUCGAUCUACUGUAAUCAGAAACUAUCACUCAACUUUUAAGAUUAGAAGGGAAGUUUUGACACGUCGACAAAAUCCUAGAGAGAUAGAGAGGUUUUGACUAGCUUUUCAUGAUCAGAUUCGAUUGUGGCAUCCUCAGUUCUUUAAACUUAGAGGAAAAGAAAGUUCUUUCGUAUAGAUUGAAUCUGUUCUUAUAUUGCUUUAAUCGAUGGAUUUAGACGCUCAAGGAGGUAAUAGUCGCGUAUUCCAGAGACUCGGCGGUCAAUCAGUUAACGACCCGAGGCACCAGAUAGUCUGCCUUCAUUGGCGGGCGGGUAGAUGUAACCGGUUCCCAUGCCCCUACCUUCAUAGAGAAUUGCCUGCGCCGCCGCCCGCUGGCUCCAAUGGCAAUGCAUCCAAGCGUGGGUUUGCUGGUGAUUCGGGAUUUUCCGGGCGGUCUGGGACGCGGAGAAGUGGCAAUUUUAGUAACUCGUCGACAUGGGGACGUGUUGGGAAUAAUAAGACAUUGAGGAAGGCUGAGAAAGUUUGUAAUUAUUGGGUUCAAGGCAAAUGUAGUUAUGGCGAUAAGUGCAGGUUCUUGCAUUCUUGGAGUUUGGGUGAGAGUUUUGCGCUGUUGACUUCUCUUGAAGGUCACCAGAAGGUUGUAACUGGAAUUGCUUUGCCUUCUGGCUCUGAUAAGCUUUACACGGGGAGUAAUGACGAGACAGUAAGAGUUUGGGAUUGUCAGUCUGGCCAGUGUAUGGGUGUGGUUCAGCUGGGUGGCGAGGUUGGUUGCAUGAUCAGUGAAGGUCCUUGGAUUUUUGUUGGUGUACCAAAUGUUGUUAAGGCAUGGAAUACACAAACUAACACUGAUCUAAGUCUAACCGGACCUGUUGGACAAGUUUAUGCCCUGGUUGUGGGUAAUGACUUGCUCUUUGCUGGUACGCAGGAUGGGGCAAUAUUGGCAUGGAAAUUUAAUGCAGCUACCUUUAACUUUGAACCAGCAGCAUCACUUACAGGUCAUAGUGUUGCAGUUGUUUCGUUAGUUGUUGGAGCUAACAGACUGUAUUCUGGUUCCAUGGACCAUUCUAUAAGGGUCUGGAAUCUUGAAACUUUGCAGUGUGUACAAACACUAACCGAUCAUACUUCAGUUGUUAUGUCUGUUCUUUGUUGGGACCAGUUUCUUUUGUCAUGCUCAUUGGACCAAACAAUAAAGGUGUGGGCUGCUACAGAAAGUGGAAACUUGGAAGUAACAUACACUCAUAAGGAAGAACAUGGCCUGCUCACUCUCUGUGGGAUGCAUGAUUUUGAAGGGAAACCAAUCUUGCUGUGUUCUUGUAAUGAUAAUUCUGUCCACCUAUUCGAUUUACCAUCGUUUUCAGAAAGGGGUAAAAUCUUUUCUAAACAGGAGAUUCGUGCCAUUCAGACUGGUCCGGGGGGUUUGUUUUUCACUGGUGAUGGAACUGGUCAAGUGAGAGUGUGGAAAUGUCAAGUUGAACCGACUCCUGUUGCCUGAUGGUCAUUUCUACUUGAGAUAUCUGUGUAUUUCCUUUUCAUUGGUUAUUCAAAUUUAUUUGUUUCUCGGUGCCUCUUGUGAUGCAAGUCUGAGGAAGGAGUAACAAGCAGAGAAUACCAGUUUUGGGUUCGCAGGAUCAGCAUGUGCCAUAGUAAUCUAUUGUAGAAAGAAGAGUAGCAUGGCUCAUAUCCAAGUUUGUAACAGUUGAGACAGCUUUCUGGUAUCCGCCUGACCAAAAAGACAAUUCCAGCGUUCAGUGAACCGAGAUCAAUAUAUAUUCAUUGUGAUGAUCAAAUAUACUUUUCUUCCUGGCCUUGACAUGCAUUAAUGGUGUUAGGAAUGUGGAAUAAUGUUAUUGGUCCUGUUUCAGCAAUGUGUAGCUCUGUUCUUCCUAAAAAAUUUUUCAAGUUUAGGGUCUCCAUUUGUGUAGAUACCUGCAUCUUUUACAGGUCGGAUUGUAGUUACUAGAGUAUAUUCAAGUCCUCACGUUAACAUUUGGCUGAGCAGCUUAUUGUGGAGAAGGUGAUUGGAAGCAUAACUUAAAUAAUCUCUAUUUGCGAUAUUUCCAUGUGUGGGAGGUGAUUGUAACAAAUUGUGCCUUUUGUCGAGGAGAAAAUUUUCAAUCUUUGAAAGUUAGCAAGUUACUUCGAUUA